UAUUCGUAAAGAAGAUGGAGGACGUUCAGGAGCUGAUCGUUCAAUUCACCAUGAAACAGAAUGCAGAUUACACUGCGAGCCUGGCUUUAUUCACUGAUGUGUCAAAUAGUAAAGAACUACGAGAACUGAUCGUGCACGGAAAAUUAGAAGCGGCUCUCUUAAACGCAAGUAUGGUAAUGUAUCGACCUCUGUCUGAUAACUCGAUCAGCAGUUCUCGUGUACGCAAAUUCUGCAUGCUGUUUUUUCAAAUGUAUUGAUGUUUCAUAUUUAGGAGUUAGGAGGGAAGGUUAAGGUAAAGGCACACAUGAGCCAAAGGCCCAAAACGGCCGGAGCUUAUACUGGUUUCCCUUGGAAUGAAGCAUGCCUAGGAGUCUCGGAGGCGGGGGGGGGGGGGGGGUACUUGGGUUAAUGUUUGCUACCCCAUCAUAGUCCAUUUUUUGGCCAAUUAUAGACCCCAUCUUAGUCACUUUUUGGAAAAUGUAAUUUUCGCGAUCCCAACUUUCUAUUUAUGCAUCUACCUUAUCAAUGUGGUUUCAAACGGCGGAAUGUAAUGCGGUCAAUGCGAGCUUAUUGUUAAAUUUAAUAAACAACAACUUUCUGAUUUUUUAACCAAGAAUCUUCCCAUUUUGAAUCCCUGCUUACUCCAAAAAUCCAAAAAUCUGCAACCCAUUCUAGUAAAUCUAUUGAAAAUGCGACCCCAUUAUAGUCACUCCAGUCGUGAAAAUGCGACCCCAUCCAGCGGCACAUCCCUAUUAGCCUCUUGUAAGGGAGUACCCUCCUGGGCUCGGAGUAUUGCUACUCCCCCCUGGACAAGUUACCCCCCCCCAGCAAUAUGUCGCCGGGACCCUUUUAUACACCUGGGUGAAGAGAGACAAAGUGGAAUAAAGUUCCUUGUCUAAGGAAAAUUGCAACGGGCAAGGCUUGAACCCUGGAGCUCCAGAUCCAGAGUUUGAGGUGUUUAACUGCUCGGCCAUAUAAUUGCCUAGUUAGGAGGGUAGCAGAGUGAAAUUCCUUUGGCAAACUCAGUUUCGAUCUGUUGCUUAUUUACAUGAAGUUGUCGGAGUUUAAGGCCUCAAGCCUACCCGACAGGACCGCAAAGUCAUGUGGGUAGCUAUAUAAAAAUAAUAAAAUUCUCCUAAAAUUUUGUCAUACCUUCAUGGUUGUCAGUGCCACCGAAUGAUAUAAAACCUUACAAAUGUUUAUCUUUGUUGUUUUUUAGUAGAAGAAUAGUGCUCCCUUAAGAAUUUUUUAAUGAAAGUUUUGCUGCCUUGUCGCUUGGGCUUUCCAACAUUGUUUAUUGAAAUAGCUGUAUACAGGUCUAAGCCUUGUGUGCUCCUCUAAAGGGCCCUGUUCACACAGUUUUGUCCAGGAUAAAGAAUGAAUAAGACCUCACUGUUCCUCCAUCUAACCCCCUGCUUUUGCUCACUUUUGGAGACAAGCCAGGGACAAGACAGCGCUUCUGUUUGGCUCUCCUUUGGAAAAAAUGUUAGAGGCAUUGAGAACUUAAUACUCUGAGUCCAGGGACCACAGUGGGGGAAAAAGGUGAAAAAAAUCGGCAAGUCAGCUGAGCAGGGGUCUGAGGAGGGACAAGGGUGGUGCCCUCCCCCCCCCCCAGUCCACGUCUUUUUUUGCUGUUUCACCCUGUUUUUUGUGAACAAGAGGCACUUUUUGCUUCUGAACUCCAUAUUAAGUGGACACCUUGUCUCAAGAACAACAAAUGUUUGCUUUAAAUGCUUCAUCCCAUAUAAUUUUCUAGUCAAACAAAACUGUAUUCAGUGGUCUCUAUCAAGUGGACACCAACAAAGGUCACGUGGGUCUCUAGGUUUCACUUUUUGCAGGAAUUAGUAAAAUGAUUUUAAGCUUAUUACCUGUUAGUAAUAACUGGUUUAAUUUUUUUUGUCAGAUUUUUGAUCCAUUUCAUGUAGUUGUAGCUGGGCACAAGGCUAUUUAUUUGUUUCAACAAGGAAAAAUGAAGACAAGAACACUUCAUUCUGAAAUUAUUUUUAACUUGUCGCCUUCCAGCAAUGUAAGUAAUAUUUAAUACUGUUUCAUUUAUUUGAGGUCAGAUUUUGUCUUUUCAGAUGCAUGGCCUUUAACCUUUGAAGCCAUCCACAUAAACAUUUGACUCCAACUGAUCUCGAUACAUUUCCUUACAGAAUUAUUAGUUGAGAUAAUUUAUUCAAAGAUCAAAACAUUUGCCCUUAGGUGAUUAAUUUAUUUAUUCUCAUAAACUUUUCUUUUAAAUAUGUAGUGAUAUUGUUAAGAGAAACUUGAUGUUGGUCACUCUUGGUUAAGGUAGUACCCACCGGAGGCUAAUUUGGGCAUUUUUUGUGAAUUUUAGUUGUGUGAAAACAAAUGUAUGUAAUAAAAAGUCUAGAUAAUAACUGAGUUUGUUUAUUAUGCCAAUAUUUUGGCAUAAUAAAAAAAUAAGACUAAAAAUUUAUAACAAAUAAGUGAUAAUCGUAAUAAUGGAAAUCCAUAUUCUGAGCUAUUUUGUUUAAAUAAAUUGGUUAUUUUACACAUAUUAAAAAAAAAAUGAUAAUAAACCUAAUAGCUUACUGGUAGUUGUAGAGAAAGUAAGGAAAUUAGGUCUCCUUAAUCCAACAUAAUUUUCUUUCAUCAGAUUAAUGAUUCUUUCAAGAAAUUUGGGAUACUGGACAACACAAAAGACAUUUUAGUGGUGAUUAUAACUCAAGGAAAUGGCAUUGAAAAGGUAUUUACUCAAAUAGGAAUUGAAAAGAUGAGGAAAUAAGGCCCCAGGUGUCUCAUGCUGUAAUAUGUAUUCACAAGCACAUAGAAGACAAAAAUUGGAAGGAGAAUCUUGCUUUUUAUCAGAAGUCAUUUGGGGGAUAUUUCACCACAUGACAAAGUUUUCGUUUCAUUUGUUGCUCAUCGUUCUUCAUCUCCAAACAAAGUUAAAUGGUUUCUUAUCAAGUUAUCCGUAAAAGUUGUUGUGCACAAAAAAAACUUUUUUGUCCAUUUCCUUCUUUUGACUUUGAGAAAUUUUUAACUUGAAUGGACAUUGGGUUUUGAUUUUAACUUGUUGCCAAAUCUCUCUGUUGACUUGGGACUCCAGCUGGUGUUUAUAGAAUAGUGAAUUGUUUGCGCUGUAAAAAGCUGGUUUAGUAUUAAGUUGUUAUCUUCAUUAACCUGUAAAAUGUAGUCAGAACUCAAAAUUAAAUUUGACCGUACAGUCAAACUCCACUACUACUAGAUUUCGCUUUUGAUUUAGGUUUGUAACAUCACUAUCAUCAUCAUCAUCAUCAUCAUCAUCACUGUCGUCGUCAUCAUUAUCAUCAUCAUGAUCAUCACUAUCAUCAGUUCCUUCUCCCUAUGCACUGAAAAGUACUGGAUUACACUUUGUUACAUUUUAACACCAUUAUUGUUUGUGUGGUAAGGUCAACACAACUUCAGUUUGUUGAUGAUAAAAUUUCUUAUAUUAUUGAGGUUAAAAUAAGUGCUUUCUUUCCAGAUUUCAGAACUGAGCAAACAAAUAAAGGGGACACUGGUUUCUUUAUCGUCUAUAGCUGCUAUUUCUGACCAGGAAAAAAUAAGAAAGGUAACCAUAAUAUUUAUUAUGAACUGUCAGCAAAGAGGGACACAUUAGUGGGGUUCACAUCAGUGCAUUUUUGAGUUGAGGAACUCCUGACACAGUUUUCUUCCUUGAUGCAUUUGAGCAUAUGACCCUUGUUAUAAUUUUUGUUUAGAAUGGAAUGGCUGUCAAGCUUUUGGGUAGACUGCGAGCAGUCUCUCUUUUUCUUCAGGUUUAGUAAGGGGAGUGCACGCGUGCUAAAAUGGAAUUGGUCUGAAAAAUUCUUCUAGUCUUGUCUUAUAUCACAAUGUUCGUGUAAGGAGUAUAUUGAGUUUGAAUUUCAAAAUUACAAUGAAGUGAUAUACUAAACUGCAAAGUGUAACAAAACGAAUAGUGACCAACUUUUCUAGCCAAGCGUGUCUUUAAAUUCGUAUAUUUCUUUUUAUUUCUUUUUAGAUUUAUGGAAUUUCUGACAAGGAACUGCAAUGUGAUUCGGUAGAAAAUGGAAUAAUUACCCGAAUAGCGACUAAAGAUGCUUCUUAAAAUCAAUGACACACACAUAUUUAAAUUCAGACUUUUUGUUUAUAUCUUUACUUAGUCAAAACUGAAGGAUACGAGUUUCGUGUGAAAAGUGCCGAAUCAAGGGAAAUGCUUGAAGGGAGAUUGUUAAAGAUUGAGGUUGAAAAGCGAAAAAAUGACCUAAACUGGAUUGAGCUUAUAGCGAAAGGUUUAUGUAUUUAAGAAGCUCCGCAACAUUGUAAACGUGUAUCAAAACCUACCACAAACUUGUGCAAUAGUGAUGAAUACGACUACAGAAACGAACUGUUUAAGACGCAUUCCACAAGUGUUUUUGAACACUUGAGGAUUUCUUCCGCAGAGUCAAAAUUUAUAACCUCCUUGUACAGCAUAAUAAACAGUACCACAGCAAUAAAUACCCCUUAUGAGCGAGUGAGCCUAACUUGAAACUGCUUGAUAUUUUUGUGUACGUCAUAUAAUGAACAGUACACGGUAUAGGUAGAAGAUAAACGCGGUCGCGUGGUACAAGUGGACG